AUGACUACUAUUGAAACGAUACAAAAGGUCGCUUUGGGCCCAUACCAAAGACAUAGGCAACUUUCCAUGAAUGAAGCAGAAAUGUUAUCAUUAGAAGUGAUAAGUUUGCUUUGUGAUUCUUAUUGUGCUGAUGAGACAACUUUAAAAUAUACAGCUAAAUUAAUUACUCCAGAUAUUUAUAUGAAUUUAAUUGAUGAAAGAAACUUGAACAAAAGAUGUGGAUAUCCAUUAUGUAAUAAAUCUCCAGAAAGACUUAGAGAUCCUUUCAGUAUAGAUGAAGUAACUAAGAAAUUUCUUUGGGAAAAUAAUCCUUACGCUUAUUUGUCUAGAUUUUGUUCUAAAUUCCAUUUUAGAUGUUCUCAAUUUUAUCAAUUACAAUUGAGUAAUGAAGCUUUGUUUUCAAGAACUGGCAUUCAUUUGAUUAAUAAUCAUAUAUACGAUAAGGAUGGUGAAGAUAUAAUAACGUCAUUCAAUUCUCCUAUAAAUGAACGGUAUAAUGUGGUUCUAUUUGAGGAAUUUCUUCGAGAAAAGGCUACAGAGGAAGAUAUAAAAUCAUUGGUUGCUGGUUUAAAGAAAUUAGGACUUCAAGGCGAAACUAAUGAGACGAAGACAGAUGAUCAUCAUGAGGAUUUGCAAUGGGAACAAGAUCUUUCUAAAUGGCUUUCAGAAAUUAAAAUCGUUGAGAUCGAGAAACCAAAUCUUUUAGGUGACUUCCAAAAAGAAGAAGAAGAAGACUAA